GAAAAUUUAUAAAUUCCUGCUUCUUAUAAUUAAACGUGGCCAGUUUCAACUGCGCUUAACUCCUCAACUUGCUGUAAUUAUCAAGAAUUCUGUUAAAAUUCGCAUAGCAACAUGAUUCAGGUGUAUUUUUGCAUUCAAACUGGCAAUACCGUCAGAUUAAAAAGAAAAUAAUUUUGUAGGUUAUAUUUUGAAUUUUGUAUACUUUAGUUUUCCAACUUUGUGAUGUAAUGUCGUGAAAAACUAAAUAUUUGUUUAGUUUUGUUGGUUUUUCUUUCACUUAAAAGCGUAGCAGUAUAUAGAUUUCCAGUGUUUGUAUAGUGUGUCAACACUCAUUUCAUAAGUGUUCUCUUCUAGCCCAUGUCAAAACGAUGAUAAAUCUGUGCAAUUCAAUUUAAUAUUUAUGUUUAGCAUUUGGUGCACUAGUUGGUAGCUCUUAUGCUUUCCGGGCACAUCAUAAUUUCUUAUCUGCGUGCAUAUCAUUAAUUUUUUUCUCCAUCUGGUUUUGUUUAUUUUUAUAUUAUGAAUUACAAUGGAUGUUGAUGCUCAAAGUCAGUAUUCAGAUGAAGGAAUUGAGCUACCACCUUCAGAACCAGGUUUCCAAUUUCCAAAUGAACUUACGUUUGGGGAAGACUUAGCCCCAGACUCUCUGGAGGCUAAAAUUGUAUAUUUGCUUUUACCCAAAAAUGUCCCAAUAUCUCGAGCCACCCGACUGCAAUGGCUCCUUGAUCACUUGAAUACUACCAUAAGUAUUUCUAAUACAAAAUUGUAUUUUUUUCAGUUGGAAACGUCUCAAAACAUAGAAGUAAUAUCAGCCAUACCCAGAGAACAUACUGUAAAUCCAAAAUGCAUACAGUUUUUAAUAACAUAUCGGACAGAAGUCAGGUUUCUUGCCUAUGCCUAUCGUUUUGUGUAUUGCUUAGAUAUGAGUCCCAGCCAUGUGAAUGUUGAUAUUCAUGCUAAACAAGUGUUGUUUGACCAAAUUUUGCAAAGUUUUAAGACCAGCAUUGAAGCUUUGUCAAAACAGUUCCUAAUCCCGGGCAACUCUAUAGUUUUCCAACCAUGUAUUUAUUUAACAAUAAUGGCAAACACACCAUUUUUUAUAACCCCUGCCCAACAAGUAAUUUUGAAAGGCAUCCAGAUGACACCACAUAAUGUGUAUGAAAUUAUUAAGUGUGUAGAAACCCAUUUUCAUAUUCUUCAAGGAAAAAUUGCCGAAGCUUGCAUGCAAGCAUUAGAGAAAAUAGAGAAUCACAGAGCAUCUCAUGAUGCACAAAGUUCAUUGGGGGGUGAAGCAUUCGAAAUUUCUGAUAUAGGUCGGUUGUCCAAGAUACCCAUGGUAACCCCAGAUGUAAACUUUGUAAAUAUGUUGAGGUAUUCAAUGUUGGCUAUAUAUCUCUUGCCAGAAAACACGUUAAGCCAUAUUCUAGUCAUAACAGAUGGGAUAGUUUCAAUGCCCGAUUCCAAUGUAAUGGAGACAAUGCUGCAUCAAUUGCAUUACGAUGCUAUCGGGGUCUCAUUUCUUAAAGUGGGAUCCAGCUUCCACCCCAACUGCGGCGUGGGCUUAGUUUCUUAUAUAGAUUUAUUAUAUUUUUUUGCUCAAUCAACUCUCGGUACCUGUAUAGAAUAUUUUCCAAAAAUAAUCCAUGAUCCAGCAAUGCCAAUGAAUUAUUAUCAAGAAAUUCUUUUACUAUGGUCUUUUCAUAAUAGUAAUUGUCGAGUGUCCUCGAAACCCUGUGAUAAUGUAACCUCUUGGACAUCAAUAAAUGAUCGAUUUUAUAUUCAAAGACUGCCAACACUUUUGUCCAAGAGACAGACUGAAGAUAGUACAAGUACCUCUGUGCUGCUUUUGUUAGCAAGACGUAUGCGCGAAGGAUUUACUGUCGAUAAUAUAUUUUAUGGAAACGGUAAUCUAGAAAUCAAAUUAAUUCACCAAUGGAAGUCUUCAAUUUUUAUUCAUUAUAAGCUAAUGUCUCAGUGGCCACCCACCCAAAAUCUAACGCAUUUCGAAGUGUACAUCUACGCUCCGUACGAGUUUUUACAUGACAUGACUUGCUUGAUAAAGAAAGAAACCAAAUCUGUCUUCCGACAAGCCAUUAUCCAACGAUUUUGGAGUAGGUUGUCACAAGUGUCUUCUGGCGAUGUGAUUUUAGCCACGCAAUUAAGCAAUUUUACGAGCAAUAAAGAUUGGUGUACUUUGCCCGAUAGUGUGAAGAGUGGCCUUCCCGUUUUUACGUCAAACACGCCGUUUUCAGAUUCUGCCAAACUUACACUUACGCCUAGAGAUAAUUAUUGUUUAAAAUUUGUGAACAUUUGGCAUGGAAUAACGCAGUUAGAGACAAGUCACUGGAGAAAAUGGUUUCACACUCACAAAAUAUCGCUGAUUUUAACACACGAUACACCUUUGCCUACGAAAUUGCAUAUGACGAGCUGUUCUUCUCAGCGAUAUCAGGUUGUCCAAUGCAGACAAGCAGUAGUCGCAUUACAUGGAAUGCUAGCGGAUUGGUCGUCUUUUGUACUUAUAGACAAUCAUACUUACUUAAAAUUUUUAUGUACAGAGCCCGAUAAACCACCUACAGGAUUUUGUAUAAUUCGCGUCAGCUCAAAGUUUCCUAGUGCUGUUUUGAAUCUUGGCUUCUCCACAAAUACGCCGGGCCAAUAUAGACAUGAAGUUUGUGACGAGCUGAAAAGUGAGCUGUCGACUCUUUCUUACCUACCCAAAGCGAACGAACCAUCAUGUUGCGUUCUUCUUAACAAGCCGCUAGAAAAAAUCCUUAUUCGGUAUGAACGAGUUCCAAAUACCUACACCACUGUCGUAUUUCCAGAUGGUACUCAGCCUCCAGAUAGUUCUAGCUGUUUUUCAUCACCUGUUUCUGGAUCUCUUUUCACCACGUUAUCUCGAUAUUUAUUUCAUAAAAGGUGGAUCUGGAGUGCUAGUCAUAAUACAAAUCCACGGUUGUCUGAUACAUCUAUAUCAAGAAUUUUGAACACUUUGACCAGAAUACGAUUGAAAGAAGGCUAUCACUUUGCCUAUUCCUCGUCCGGGAUAGUUACUAUGGUUCUUGAAGUUUGGCUGAAUUCAAACGCAAGUUGUGUCGUUCAGUACGUUUUGUUUCCUCCUUAUUACAACUGGGGAGAUGAUAUAUUGAGUGGAUCAGAUGAGGAUAUGGAGCCUGCAUCUGAAAUGGAAGCAGAGCUCCAAAUGAUCACGGAAGUAUGGAUAGAACCUCAAUAUGGAAACGUUCUACCUAGCAACUCCAGAAUUAGCUACUUUAAUAACAAGAACUAUUAUGAAAUAGCUGACGCAAUCUGUAAAAUCGAUUUUCGUUGCAUUAAUAUAUUGCUGACAAUGGAGCAUUUAUCGUUGAUGUGCCAGAAUAAGGCUGUUCACAAUCUUACGGCUGGCAUGGAUGUAACUGCAGCCAGAACUAGUUUUAGCAAGAGGUCACACUCAAGAAGAAAUGAAAAAUCAAAUCCGGCUGAUCACCAUAAACAAAAUACGUCUGAGAAUGGAUCUCCAUGGUAUCCGAUUGUAGCUCCGCGAAUAGAACACAUUCCAUUUAAAUUUGACUCAAUUGGUUUAUUACACUUAUGCCAACAAACUGAGCUGCUAUUCUCAAUGCUGAGAAUAGAAAAGUCAAAUCGCUGUACAAAGGCUUUGAAUGUAAAUAAAGCCAACACUUUACUGCUAGAUAAUAUUUACGAACAUUUCUCAUUGCUUCAUGACAGAGAGUUGGAACUUUCCAAAAAAGAAUGCGAUAUCUUUACCAGGGACGUUGUGAAAAGACAUAAAGAUCAUUUUCCACAUUCUUGUCCAAUUUCUUCUAAAAAUUUAAAAUCUGAAUGUCGCUGGAGAUGCUACAUAAAAGGUGUGUCCAUAACACAUGUUAUAUUAACUUUUCUGCCUGCAUCAAUUGAGGAUCUAAGAGCGUUGACUACAGGAUUAGAUUCCACAGUCACGGCAAAUGAUACAAAUGAUGAAGACGAAAAAACAUCAUCUGGAGGCAGUAAUGUUAGCGAUGUCCCAAUAAAUACGCCGUACGCUUUGUGUUUACCGGUGUAUGUCUACGAUAGUCCACUAAAAUUGCUUGUUAAUGCUUAUGUGGAAAAUGAAAAUGGACAUUCCAGCGCACCAGAAGAUGUUUAUUUGGAUUAUCGGUUUAAAUUUGCCAACUUCGUGCAAACAGAAAUGAAGGAAAAAUUAAAAGGAAGUGACACCGAAAGUUGUUCGGAAGAAACAGAUCCUCCAACAGUUUUUAAAAAUGUUAGAGAGCAUUGCACCGCUUUAGAAUUAACACAUACAAAAUGCUACGUUCUAUCACUAUUUCUAGCUCUGCACAUAGGCAUCUACAUACACAGUUUAGAUGUUCAGAAUGCUAUGGACUUGUGUGAAGAAGAAAUUGUUGAAGUGGAUAUUACUGAUUAUAUUACGAAAAUUUGUUCACAUUCUCAGCAGGUUGACAAUGAUAAGAUAUAUAUUCAAAAGUUAAAUGAAGCUCUUCCAUGUAGCGAGCUGCACAUGCUGAUCAAAAAGAAAUUUUUCAAGUUGGUGUGCUCUUCUUUUAAUCAGAUUUCCAGUAAUGGAGAAUACUACUACUUUAAAGAUUUAAGUAGUCAACCAGAAGAAAAAGUAGAUGCAGAUGAUGACAUUAGUGUGUGUGCAUCAGAAAUCGAGUUUAGAUCAGAACGAGAUAUGAGCAUAUUUUCAGAAGGACCACAUUUACUAGCUAAGAAUGUAAAUACUGAAAUCAUUGAUGUCGCUAAAGUAAGCGACGUGAGUCCUCUGUUCCUUCACUUCGUAUGCACUUUAAGAUAUAACAAUGGUGGGCAUAGUAACACUUCUGUUCGUGUUUUACCAACUUGCUUAGGAGAGCUAAUACAAACAUUAGAGAAACCUACAGAAUUUCUUUCAAAAUCCAACUUACAGGUUACUCUUGAUAUUUUCUGUUUAACUUUGCCAACUCGGGUUCAAAAUAUUCUCUCCGAGUAUUCUCAGCAAGGCCUUCGAACUACCUCACUUAGUUCAGAAGGAGGAUUUCAGCGCACAAUCAGUUCUACAUCUGAGGCCAGUAUGAACUCUGAUGUUCCAUUGCCUUUAAGAAAUUUAACUGAACUUCAACGAAAAUCUAUAGAUAAGCUUUGUGACGAGAUAAAAUGGCUUUUAGAAGAUGAAAUAUGUGCUACCCUUCUUAAUAGUUCAGAACCAAUAUCAAAUGAUACCAUUGAGUAUGUUGUACAUCAUGUGAUAGAUGGUCAUGCCAGUAGGGCGUCAUGUAAAAUGGAAAAGAUUGUCUUAAAUUUCGUGUUCAUAACUGAACCCAGUCACGAGAAAUUCCUGGAAGAGUUUCAAGGAUUAACUUUGCCCUUUGGUUACAAACUAUACAAAGGAGAGCUCUUCUAUUACGUUGCCAAACAUCCAGUUUUGAAAGAAUCUCAAACUUAUGUCAACCUCCCUAAUAUUGGCGGACGUUCUAGUGGGAACAGUGAGUUUCCAUUAGAUAUCCAUGACAUAUUUAGAGGGACUCCAUCGAAUUUGGAAAACAGUUACAGGGAAGAUACAAUGUCUCAACAAAGUGACAUUACAAGCGGUAGUGGUUCUGGAACCGACGGGGGAUAUGACGAUGAUGUUGAAGAUGAAGACGAUUGUGAGUGGCUUGAACAUUUAGGGAACAAAAGGCCCCAUUUACCUAAUUUUUGGCUGAUUUUAAAAGUCGAUCAAGAUCUAGUCUAUGUGUAUUUUCACUGCAGGUUUGUUGAAUUGAACAUAACGCAAGUGGAUGCGUAUUGUGAGGUUCAGAGAGCAGUAUGUGAUGCUGUUGCUGAUCUAUGUAAGAGAGUUAAUCAGCUCCUGCUGCUCCAGUCGCUUUAUAAAUCUAAAACAUGUGAGCCGCUAUUAGAACCUGAUGACUUUUCACAUACGGAUAUACAAAAUGCGAAGAUCUCCUACGGUAAAUUAAAGAGAUAUGACAAUGAUAUGAAUGAUGAUUCAGAGGGAAUGUUAUAUUCUCGAUCGAUGUCUGAAGCUUCCUUGCACUUAAAACCUGGAUACUUUAGCUGUCCAAUAGUAUGGGAAAAACUCUUUGUAUUACAUCCGCGUUUAAAAACGGGGCCUGGAAAAUCUGGGAUAUCUAGAGGCAUUGUUGCUUUAAAAAAUAUUUUGGAGAAAUUUUGUGUGGUAAACAGAUCGAACAUGUUUGUCUAUAAAGACAAUGAAGAAAAUGUCUUUUACCUGAGACUUUAUGAAAGCGGCAACAUUACGGGUGUUAGAUUAUCCAUAAAACCUAGUGACGAACGGACAAUGUUUUCCAGAAGUCCAUCAAUUGCAUCUUUACCUAUAGGUCAAAAUAAUAAACCAAACUUGGCAAUAUCAGAUCAGAGUAUUGCGUCUAUUGUUUCGUCGGAUAAUUUACGUCCAAGAGUUCGAUCGUUUGGUGAAAAAGAGAGCCGAAUAUUUGAGUCACGGGAUUCUCGUGAGACAAUUAGUGAAGAUACUCUGAUUUUGAGGGUUCAUGGUAUUACUGAAGUGGGAGACGAUAUACAGUGUGGUUUGGUUCAAGUUUUGCAAAAUAGGCUUGAUGAUGCAGUUUUAGACUUUCUUUCGGGUACACUAGCUAGAAAUGCCAUGUGCCCUUUGACGCCUGAAGAUGUGAGAUUUAUUCAAAAACCUCAAGAUCCUGAUGUUUGUAUUUGCUGCACGGUUCAAGAAUUUUCAUUGCAAUGGCAAAAAUCGAGAUCAUUUAUCCAUUAUUUAAGGCAAAAUUUAUUGCAAUUUUUAAACCUUCCUAAAUACACAGAUAGCCGUCCAGAAUGUCAUUUCCAAGAUUUUACUACUGAUCGGGAUUCGGUGAUUCUCACUCUUGACAAUAUAUUUAUUUAUAAUCAGAGCCAAACUCCAACAUCUGGCAGUAGGGGAAUUGCCUGUAUUGUUUUAGCGUUAAUUGAUAAAUGUCAUCCCAUUUCAACUUCCGAAAGGGAAAAUAACUUUGAAACCGUUUUUAUAACCAAGAAUUAUGAGGAUUGUGUAAAUAGCAUAGUUAUUGAAGAGAAAGAGAUCUGGCCCGACUCUUAUUUGGAGUUUAGAAUAUGGAAGCAAGGGAGAAUCAACAUAGACAAUUUGUCCAAGAAGCUUACCGCUGCCAUUAGUCAGGCAACUUGGGACAUUGUAACAGAAUAUUAUCUUCUGAAAAACCCUCUUUGCGUAGAAGAAUACAGAGAGCAAGCUUUUAUCACUAAGAAAAAGAUUGAAAUAGAUGCGUUAAAUUUAGAUCUGGAUAAAGAAGUUGAGUAUAAUUGCGAACUAGACUUGACUUUUGAUAAAACAAUCAGACCAAAUGUUAAAUCGGAUCUUCCGAAGAAACUAGAUGCACAGUUAUUUCCUACGCGAAAGUACAGCAGAAGAUCUAGUAUACAUCCGUCGAAUUUAAAAGCUUCAAGAGUAAUUUCUUACGACGUUGAAAAAGAAAUUAGCAUAGAAUCAAAUGAGAAUGGUGUUUUAUCAAUAGUUUAUUCCAAAUUUUUGCCAUCAUGGAUGGAAUUUGGUGACAGUCUAAAGGCUCCCGCAGUGAAAAAACAAGUCAUCAAGUUGGGCAAUCGCCAUCUCCCAAAUUUAAUUGUCAAAGAACUCAUUACAAUGUUAAGUGACGCUCCAAAAGCCUUCCGAGCGUGGAGCACACAUUCCCUGAAUUCAACUGCAGAAGAAGUAUUUGUGCCGUUUGUCCAUUCAAAUAUUGUACAAAAAUACGUAAUUAUAUCUAGGGGAUUUAGAAAAUGGCAACAUUUUGAGGAUUCUACUAGCGAUAUAUCAGAUGAGGUCAAUCCACAACAUUUGAAACAUACCCAAAAAUUUGUCCCUCUUAUAAUCGAAAAUACUUUAAUUCCCAGACGGAAAGUUUUCUGGAUAUCCGUCGAAAAUGACAACAUUGUUAUUUACACGUACAACUGGGCCAAGGAACAUAUGGACAAAUUAAUACAAAAUUGCAUGAACUUAAGCCAGUGGCUUACGCUACGAUCAUGCUUUAUGAAUUCUGCAGUUGCUCAGAAAUUGGGUUUGUUUUACAACCAACCAUUAACAAGGAAAUGUUUUAUGCUCUCAAACAAUAACUACUACUCUUUAAUUGGUAAUUUAGAUGCAAUGUCGAAAUUUCCCAGAGACCAUUCGCACAAAAAGUCUCAUCAAUCUAGUUUCAAUCUGCCCACAGUCUUAGAAACAUUUCGAGAUAAUUUUUGCAAUACCAAAUAUACUUCCAAUGAUGCUGUGACUAUUUUUACAAUCGAAAUGCGGGAAAUGAAGUCCUUAGAGAAGAAAAAUAGAGAUGAAAUGAAGAAGUUGCACUCAAUGUAUCAAUCAAGAACCGGAAGUACCUCGGUGCCGCAAUUAAAUUUAUUAAUGCAAAAUUCUCGGAUAUUGCAUUAUGUACACACUCCGUUAUUGUUUUUACCUAGAUGGCGAUUAAAAUCUGCCGCCACUCGAGAUCAUUCCUUAUAUCCAUCGCAAGCAAUACAAAUUGCGGACAAAUUUUCAGAUAAGGAAAGAGAAUUGUGGCACUUUGAACUUUGCUAUUCCCUUUUCAAUGAAUAUAGGACUUAUUUAUACACUUUAGGAUUCACUCCUUUGCAAAUCGAUAAUCCACAGCAAGGAAACCAAGGUAGUUUGUGGGUCAAAGAUAAGUCAUCAUAUAAUUCAGUGUUCUACAUUCAACGAACAAUCUUGGGCGGAAUUCUGAUUUUUACCGUAUCAUUUGAGGAACCUUUCUUUGUAACAACAUUGCACGCUAUUGAGUGCAGUCGUCUUCAAAAUAUCACUUCUCGAGCUUCAGUAAAUGGGUUUACAUUAAGUUUUUUGGAUAAGUGCGAUAAGGUGAAAAUUUUGAUGCACCUUCAUUCGUUUACCUAUGACUAUCAUCUGCGGUCGAUUUACAAUUACAUUUUUGGGAAUUUCGGAAAGUUGCCAGAAAAGUACAAUGUUCAUCAGUUCUUGGACGAUUUUAUGAAGUACUACAAUAAGGCACCGAAUUUUGCUCGGAAUUUGGUACACUCAGAUACCAUAACCAUCGAAGGCCUAGUAACAGAAGGAAAACAGUUAUUUGACUAUUUAUUGUCUAACGUUCGGCAAUAUGGAUUUUCAGUCCUUGAAAUGGAUCACACCAGUCCAGAAUUUAUCUUGGUGCAAGUAACAACUGCCAGACAAGUGUCUUAUAAAGAUUCUCAGGAUAGACAACACACAAAUGACUUCGAUAUGACAUUGGUGGUGUACAAUUUGUGCACUCCUUAUAAGCCUACCGAUAGAGUGAUGCAUUUAAAGUAUUAUUUAAUCCUAACAUCUAAAAGGGAUAUCUUUCCGAUGUUCGAAAACGAACAGAAGUUGGGAAAGUUUCGAACUGUAUCGUCAACUGGCGGGCCAUCCACGUCAGACAAAUCAGCAACCGAUUUAGAAUUGAGUCUGCCGAAAUCCGAAUCAAAUGGUGAAGCUGAGAGAGCUGAACGGUUGGCUGACAAUGAUGAUAAAUCGUUAAGUAGGUCUUCCGAGGACAAACCACUUAGCAAACUUUUAGCCACUGUAACAAUUAUGCAAGAAAGCGUUAAUUAUUUAGGAUACUAUUCGCCGCAUGAACAGAUAAUGCAGCAACUGAUUUUGGACAAGGCCCGAUCCACCCAGAAAGACAUCAGAAAUAUGGUUUCAAAAGGUAUGGUGGACUGUAGAACGAACCUGUUAUGGAAUAGGAUGAUAGCACCACAAGAUUCCACUCCUUUAUCUUUUGACGAGUUCAUAGAGCUGAAAUUACUAGCUAAGUUGACGCCCUUGUCGCAGUUAAGUCCGAAUCUGGGGCCAUUAUUAAAUCAGCCUCUUGGAUGGUACCAAGGUUUUGCCAAGUUAUUACCAGUGAAAUAUGUGGAUCAGCAUAGGAUAUUUACUUCCGCCGAUGGACAUUUAUUGUACUAUGUAAUUUUGCAUCCUAGAUACUACGGUGCAUUUAUGUUGAUGAGCAUCGAUCUUCAGACAGCUCGAGGGGAGUUGUGUGCUGUCUAUCGCGAACCUAACAAGAGAGAGGACGCUGAUCCUUUGGGAAUAGGCUAUGAGAAAUCCCUCCGUGACGGUUUUGUAAAAUGCGUUUGUUUCUAUCUUUGGUCUGGAAUGAUCUGUGGCUAAACAGUUGAGGCUAAACAGGUGAUAUGAAUGUUUUUUUUCGGGUGAAUGAUUUCGUAUGACCAGACAUUAUUUUUUUGUAUGUUUCAAUUUCAUAAAAAAACUACUUGCUGAAAUUAUGCAGCUCAGUAAAAAUACCUCAUUUAUUUUAUAGAAUUAUAGAAAAGUUAUGAAUUAUUUUUAUAAGUUGUUUUUUUAACUUGAUACAUUUUUUCAUGUUGACUAUAUAGUUGGAUAUAAUAUAUCUGUUUAUUGUAAAUAUACGAGCUCAGUAUACUGUGAUAAAUGUACAAAUGUGCCUAUCCAACAUUGACGCUUUAGUAUGCUGUAAUUAGUAAACUUGUAUCAAAUAUAAUUUUUCUACGUGCCAUGCAAAACAAUAAAGGAUUCCGUUUUAAAA